AUGCCUCUAUACUCUCCGACCAAGCUGCAGUUUCACUUAUCGAAAAUGGCUAAAGCUGAUAUCGAUGUGUAUGUGCGAUGUGCAUGUAAGAGAGCUGAUUGUCCAGGGCUAUGGUACGUUGAAGGGGGGCGAUGGAGGGGAAGUGAGUGCUACAAGGAGAAGAUGAAUUCCUGCUUCCCGCCGUUGGCUGCCCUCAGCCUCCAUGGGCUUCCGCAGCCCAAGCCCGAGAAGAUAGAAGUCCUUCAAGACCUGGAUCUCUACUACAUCAAGCAGAUAGCCCACAGUCUCAAGACAGAACCUAAGGAAAACUUCAAAACGUCAGACUUCUGA